CCAGGGUGGUAGCCGAGCUGUGGCGAAGCCUAAGCCGGAACCAGCGAGUAAAUGGGCAGGUGUUGGUGCAACUGCUGUGGGCGUUGGAAGGUUCAACUGGGCCUGAGCCUGAGGCGCUGGCGGCCACACGUGCUCUCGGGGAGAUGUUGGCAGUGUCUGGAUGUGUGGGAGCCACCCGAGGAUUCUACCCCCACCUACUGCUAGCUCUGGUCACUCAGCUACACGAGCUGGCUCAAGGUGCUCGAUCCCCUGACAGCCCUAAGGUUUGGCCCACUCACCGAGGGCCACCGCACAGCCAUGCAAGCUGUACGGUGGAGGCCUUGAAGGCCCUCCUCACAGGGGAUGGCAGCCGCAUGGUGGUCACAUGCAUGGAACAGGCAGGAGGCUGGAGGAGACUGGUAGGAGCCCACACCCACCUGGAGGGUGUCCUGCUGCUGGCCAGUGCCAUGGUGGCACAUGCUGACCACCAUCUUCGAGGCCUUUUCGCAGACUUGCUUCCUCGGCUACGCAGUGAGGAUGACCCGCAGCGCCUCACAGCUAUGGCCUUCUUCACUGGGUUGUUGCAGAGCCAGCCCACUGCACGGCUACUCCGCGAGGAGGCCAUCCUGCAGCGGCUCUGCACUUGGCAGGGAGACCCUGAGCCCACCGUGCGCUGGCUGGGUCUGCUCGGCCUCGGACACCUUGCUCUGAGUCGUGGGAAGGUACGGCACGUGAGCAUGCUGCUGCCUGCACUCCUGGGAGCGCUGGGCGAAGGCGAUGCGCGGCUCGUAGGUGCGGCCCUAGGCGCUCUGCGCAGGGUACUGAUGCAGCCCGGAGCACCAGUGCGGCUCCUGAGCGCUGAGCUGCGGCCACGCCUCCCGCCACUGCUAGACGACGUCCGGGACUCGGUCCGCGCCUCGGCAGUCGGGCUUCUUGGAACGCUGGUGCGGCGGGGCCGGGGAGGGCUCCGCCUGGGGCUCCGCGGACCCCUGCGGAAAUUGGUGCUGCAGAGUCUGGUGCCGCUGCUGCUGCGCCUACAUGACCCCAGCCAGGAUGCUGCCGAGAGCUCAGAGUGGACUCUAGCCCGCUGUGACCAGGCCCUUCGCUGGGGCCUGCUAGAGGAGAUGGUUACCGUGGCCCACUAUGACAGCCCUGAGGCUCUAAGCCGCGUCUGCCACCGCCUGGUUCAGCGAUAUCCAAGCCAUAUUCCUCGCUUUCUGAGUCAGACCCAGGGCUACCUGCGGAGCCCACAGGACACCUUACGCCGGGCGGCCACUGUGCUCAUAGGCUUCCUGGUCUAUCAUGUGAGCCCGGGUGGAGUCAGUCAGGAUCUGCUGGACUCUCUGUAUCAGGACCUGGGGCAGCUGCAGGGUGAUCCCGAAGCUGCGGUGUCCUCGGCGGCGCACGUGUCCGCACAGCAGGUGGCGCUGCUUGCUCGGGCGCAGGGCCGACCGCGGAGCCCCCGCCUCUUACGCCUGAUCCAGCGGUGCUCGGGUCCAGCUCGGCCCCACCCGCUCUAUGCUGACAGUCCGUUCCAGCGCAGGAGCCUUGCAGGCCGUUGGAGCUGCCCCGCACCCCGUUGAGCCUGACCUGAUGCCUAGAGUCAUGGCACCCCAUCCCUGCUGUUGCCAGUCUCCACAAAGGCAAAUCUGCAAAAGAGGCCCCACCCAAGGGACACACUGGGCCUGGUGCUGGGCACUGGUGACCCUUGCUCUGGGACUCCUCUCCAUGGGCCCACCAUGUGGCAGCUAUGUCACCAACAAGGGCAGAUGGCACAUUUCACCCCAAGCCCUUCUCCUUGCGUUCUUGGUCUCCUGCCAGGCCAGUUCUGUGAACUCCCUGGAGUGUGUCCUCUGCUCCAGCGUGGACCUGCCACCCGAUAUGGAUAAUAUGUGACAUGAAUAAUACCUCCCAAGCAAGGUUCUGACCAGGACAAUAAAGCUGGCACCACCACCACAGGCUGCCCUGCCCGCUUUCCAUGGCUCAGUCUGCCUAGCCUUCUCCCACCUGUCAGGGCCUUCCCAGUCAUCCAUCCCUGUGUUUGGGCCCUCAAUUCCUUACAGCUGUCCUGACUUAUGUCCUUUCUGCUCAAGAGGUAUUGACCUACCCUCCUGUUCACACCUGCUGUUCCCACUCCUCCGGCUACCCCACUCCCUACCCCACUCUUGCCAGAGCCCGCCUGGACCAUGGUGGAUUCCUGACCUCCCUUCUUGCUGGAAAGCCCAAGCCAGGGUUAUACCUGUGGACUGAAGUACAGGGAACAGCUAUCCCACGCCCACCAGCCUGUGAAUGGCUAUGUACAGGGCUGAACAGGAAUGGCAUGGCUGGACAGACAGGAAGAGUUCACCAUAGCUGUGCCCCCAUUCCUCCAGGCACUUGCAUAAAUGACUUCCUCCACUUAGAAUGCCUACUUCGGGGGUGGAGAGAUGGCUCAGUGGCUAAGAGCACCGGCUGCUCUUACAGAGGACCCAGGUUUGAUUCCUGGCACCCACAUGGCAGCUAACAACCAUAUGUAACUCCAGUUCCAGUGAAAUUCAAAAGCCUUCUUCCAAUCUCCUCCAGCAUUGCAUGACAUGGCUGCACUUACAUACAUGCAGGCAUACACAGAAAAUAAA